CUAGUCAAAAUACAUAUGCAUGUGUAUAAUCGGGGCGGGUUCGGGUUGGAUAGUGAGAUAACCAUGCCCACACAUUACCCGCAAUAUUCGAGUUCGGGUUUUAUCCGUACCCAUGAAAAAUGCUUCGAAUUCGAGUUUUACCCUACCCGAUUAGAUCGGAUUCGGGUGGAUAUCCACGGUUACGGAUAUUUUUUCCAAGCCCACCAACCGAGCUAAUAUGUCGUUUAAACUUUAACGGAAUGAAAAAAACCCACAAAGGCAAAAGAGUCGAAAAGAUGGUUCGGCGAAAUCCUUUGCUCCUACUCUUCCUUUUCUUCUUCUCCGUCAGCACCUCCAUCUCUGCAGAGCUGAAAGCGUCUCCUUCGGAUCACGGAACCAGCGGGAGCAAUGGAGGGUUCCGUCGAAGAGUUUUACUCGGUUUCAAGGAAACGCCUAGCGGAAGUAACACAACCUUCGAUUGCGCUCUUUCCGGGGCCUGCGUACCCUGCCAAUACUCAGAGAAGCAGAGCGAGCCAAAGUACCGAUGCAGUGAGACUGGGUAUCGUAUCCCGUUGAAAUGUGUGGAGAUAAAGGACGGUGUCAAACUUGAAAAACAAGGAAAAUCUAAGAAGAAUCGAUCUGAUCUGGACACGUCUGAUGAAAGUAGAAAUCAAGAGACUUCUUCGACCGAGGGUAGAGAUUUGGCGGAGGACUCAAAGAAACAAGAUGGCAGUGGAUCACAGGCUUACAUUACUUACAGAAGUUGUAUACCGCCUGUCGAUGAAGAGAAGGUUUCAGUGCUUGGUUUUGAGGGCAUUGUGUUGUUCUUCAUGGUUGCAAGUGGUUCAUUCGUGUACUACCGGAAGAAGCAGACAGGAACUAUGCCAGGUGCAGGUAGAAUCCAAAUGAACUCUCGGUUUUGAACCCUUGCAUAGCAGUUGCGCGGUCCGUAGCAUUGUAGAGUAGGAGAAUUAUAUUAUACUCCCAAUCUGCCUCUUCCAGUCACUUCGAUACGUUCAUAUUUUCAAUGUAUUGUGGAAUUUUCCUGUAUGUAUUGUAUCUUUGCUCUUGUAGUUGAUGUUUUUCUUGCAAUUGAUGCUGUAUUUAAUUUAAUCAUCAGUACUUUGUAGUCACAUUGAAUGACGAGUUUUAGCAGUUUAUACAACUUCUGCUUUUCUCGUUCAGAUGCGUACAAUGUUGGAAUUUUGGACCUCUUUGUAGUAAGUUUUGGGCUAGCGUAACAAAUACAUUGUAAAACA